AAUAAGUUCUUCAGCAGCAGCAACGAAGCCAGUCGCAUAGCGCAGCACCCAUUCACAAUGCCGCGGUUGAUGCAUAAUACGACCUCCUUGCCGAGGAAUCUGCGCGGCGAACUGGGUAUAAAAGACCACUACGGCGAGAAGAAGAGGAAUCAGCGAAACGGACCGGCGUCGCGGAAAGAUCGACGACAAGCGGAGCGGAAUGAGAAGAAGACGAAACCGAGACAGGGUGGAAAUUAUGGAGGGAAGCGACAGUUCAAUCAGCGAAGGGGUGAUGAUGACGAUGACGAUGACGAGGGUGGGUUCGAGGGGAUGGACUCGGAUGGUGGAUCGGACGACGAGGGAGACGUCAUGGCGAAAUUGAAGGCCGCCAAACAAAAGAAAGAAGCGAAACCUAAGCAAAAUGCAGAGGAGGAUGUGAUGGCACAAUUGAAGGCUGCGAAGCAAAAACAAAAGGAGGCGAAGUCCAAACCAAACGCAGAGGAGGAUGUCAUGGCGAAGCUGAAGGCUGCGAAACAGAAACAGAAGGAAACACAGUCCAAAUCGAGCGACACCAAAUCGAAGAAAACGAAGAAGGCAGACUCCGAAAGUGAUGAGGACAUGGACGAUGUCGCGCCGGCACCGAAGGUUUCUCGGGCUGUUCAGGAAAAGCUAGACCAGGACGAUGCGGAGAUCGCUGCCUUGGAGAAAAGGCUUGGUCUCAAAAAAGGAAAGAAACUCCCGAAAGCGUUCGCCGACGAUGGUUUGGAUGAUCUGCUGGGCGACUUGGAUGAUGGAUCGGCGGAUGAAGGCCGCAAGCGCAAAAGGGAAGCCGACGACUGGCUGCGGAACAAACGCAGAAAGGCGCAAGGGUUACAAGCCGAUAGCGAAUCCGAGGACGAAGACAGUGAUAUGGGGAGUGAUAUGGGUCUGGGUGAUAUGGAUGAGGAUGACUUGGACGAAAUGGAUGACGAUGAUGAGGAGGAAGAUGAUGAAGAUGCUUUCGGCGAGUUUGACGAAGAUGAGGAUGAAGACGAGGGCGACGAGGCCGGCGAAGAGGACGAGCCUGCUCCCAAGAAACGCGAGAACCCCUACGUUGCGCCUGUAGCUCCAGAGCCGACAGAGAACAAACCGCAGAAAUACAUCCCACCCUCACUGCGCGCCGCCGCCAACUCAGAGUCCGAAACCCUUAUUCGCCUCCGAAGACAAGCUCAAGGACAACUCAACAAGCUAUCCGAGGCAAAUAUGGUGUCGAUUCUUUCGGAAUUCGAGAAACUCUAUCGGGACUAUCCCCGAGGAGAAGUUACGUCCACUUUGAUCAAUCUGCUUUUUGGAUUGAUUUGCGAGAGGUCCGCGCUGCAAGACACCUUCGUCAUUCUGCAUGCUGGAUUUAUCGCGGCCGUGUAUAAAGUGGUGGGUAUCGAUUUUGGUGCGCAGCUUGUGCAAAAGAUCGUGGAGAUGUUUGAUGCUGGGGGCGACGAGAAGGGCAAGUUUGAAGGCAAAGAGGCCAUCAAUUUGAUUUCUCUACUCUCGCAGCUCUACAACUUCCACGUCAUUGGAAGCACCCUCAUCUUCGACUACAUCCGAUUAUUCCUGCAGGAGAUCACGGAGGAGAACACCGAAUUGCUGCUGAAGAUCAUUCGAAACUCCGGACCUCAGCUGCGACAAGAUGAUCCCUCUUCGCUGAAAGACAUUGUCCUCCUGAUUCAACCCGCCGUGGCCAAGGCUGGCCAAGCCGCCCUCACAGUCCGAACGAAAUUCAUGAUCGAUACGAUCACCGACCUGAAGAACAACCGCAUGAAGUCCGGUGUCGGUGUCGGCUCGACUACCGUGACAUCCGAGCACAUCACCAAGAUGCGCAAGAUCCUCGGCGGCCUGAACAACUCGCGCGUCAUCCGCGCCACAGAACCCAUCAGCAUCUCGCGCGACGACAUCCACAAUGCUUCGAAGAAAGGCAAAUGGUGGCUCGUCGGCGCCAGCUGGAAAGAAGACCCAUUGGAGUCUGCGCGCAACGAACUCUCCUCCGCCAACCAAGAGCACGGGCUACCCCAGGAUGACGACGACAGCGAGGGAGAACCCGACUUCGGCUCCCUUGCCAAAGCACAUCGCAUGAACACGGACGUCCGGCGAUCCAUCUUCGUCGCCAUCAUGUCCGCUCCCGACUACCAAGACGCACACGUGCGCCUCCUCAAACUCCGUCUCAAACGCACCCAGGAGUACGAGAUCCCCCGAGUCCUCACCCAUUGCGCCAUGGAAGAAGAAGCCUACAACCCCUACUACACGCUCAUCGCGCGACGACUCUGCGGCGAGAUGGGUCGCCGCAUCAAGGUGUCGUUCAUGUACACGCUCUGGAACAUCUUCAAGCGCAUGGGCGAGACAGGCGCCGACGAGGACGACGACGACGACUUCCACGAAGACGACGAGCACUCCAACCUCCCCAUGAAAUCGAUCGUCAAUUUGGCCAAGUUCUACGGCACCCUGAUUGCCGACGGUACGCUGAACCUGGGAGUUUUGAAAACGCUCAACUUCGCAUACCUGCAGCCGAAGACUAGCACAUUUGCCGAACUCCUCCUCAUCACGGCCAUCCAGCAGUCGCAGAAGAGCAAGCGCGGCAAGACGAAAAAGGAGAAGAAGGCUGGCGCGGAAGACGAGGCGCGCGAUGAGCAGGCCCUGAUGGAGAUCUUCCUGCGUACGCGCGACACGCCGCAGGUCAUCAAGGGAUUGAUGUAUUUCCUGCGCAAGGUGGUGUCCAAGUCGGAUAUUGUGUCGGAGAAGGAGCAGAAGGUCGUGCGGUGGGGAUGCAAGGUAGCAGUUGAUGCGUUGAAGGUUGCUGCGAAGGAGAGUGAUUAAUUUAUUGUUUUGAUUUCUAAGGCAUGGAGUAUGGAUAUAGGAUGACAUAGAGGUACAUAAAAUUGCAUGAUAUCACAUUUCGAACAUUUAAAAACAGGGUAUC